CAUUUCUUGCUUGCUAGAAGCUUGAUUUCCCAUUCCUUGACUCUAUUUAUAUAUAGGCCUGUUUUCUUCCAUUUAGAUAAAAUUUAAAUUCAAUUUAUUCUUGUGAGUGAUCCUGAAGCUCAAUUGAUACUUUCACCUAUUCCUGAUACCGUGAUACCGUGAUAACUCUUUCUUUGCUCAGUCUUGUCGAUAUCUCUCCCUUUGGUAUGUACCCUUUUUGGUCUCUUCCCCUCUUUUCAAAAGGUUGCAACUAAAGAUAAAUUCACUCAGUCGGCCUAUUCCGCAAAUCAGGCCAUUUACCUCCUCGAUAAAGACGACGGACAUCAGCAAAAUAGUAUUCAGCACCCACCGUGGCUUUUGAGCUCUUGCAUAUAUCCUCCACAGUUUCACCAUGAGUCCAUCAUUUGCGCAAGGUACUUUCCCUUGAGGAGUCCUGUUAGCUAUUCUGCAGACUGACGGUAUGGAACACAGCGAACCCAUUCGCGCGAAGAGAUACACAUCCAGUUCAAGCUAUCUGGACAUAUAAAAUAUGUACAAUUAUUUCCUGGUUGUUGAUGGUGGUAGUGACCUUUUACUACAACUUCCAUGCACCCCAAGAUGACAAGAACUCCUGGCGUCAUACUAUUUGGGAACAGAACAAGAUACACCAUACACCAUUUGCCAUGAACGCCUUUAUUGCUUCGAUUUAUUGGUAUGUUUAUUUAUGUCCUAUGCAGUUUCAAAGCUUUAAGUGUUAACGUACAAACUUAGGCUGUUCCUAUUUAUUCUACAAAUUGGAUAUGUUCUUCACCUCUUCAGCGACGAGGCUGAGCAUGUUAAUGCAGCAGCAUCAGUUGGAAGUCAUUUCAUUGUCAACAACCUCCUCCAAUUCGCAUUUGUCAUGCUCUUCGUUCGAUCACACUUCGUAUGGGCUGAAAUCAUGUUGAUCAUCAACUUCUUCAACCUUUCCUCCCUCUACUUCCGUCAUAAUACCACUCCAAGGUUUAUUCAUAUGCCAGCUACCUCUGGUCCACUUGCUUGGACAUUCGUAGCUUUGUAUUGGAACGGUGCUAUUGCGGUUGGUGCUCACAACCUUCCUGCACGUAUUGUAGCAAAUGUUGCAAUCUGGGGUAUCUUGGUUUAUGGACUAUUCUUUCUUGUUGCCUACAAGGUACGUCUUAAUUGCCUCCAGCUACAGAGGUUAAACAUAUAAAGCUCAGGGAUACUUACGAGUUACUAGGACUACACUAUGGGAUUUGCCCUUAGUAUUAUCACAGCAGCAAUCGGAGUUGGCCAGUUCUUCACAAAAGUAUUCGCCCUUCAAUGGAUCUUUGCUUUUACAAUAAUGGGUACUCUCUUCCUCGCUACAUUGGUUAUUGCAAUUCCUGGAAUCUUCGGCAAGGAGAUCUCAUUCAGAAGAGAGACCCCACUUGGGUCAGAGGAUCGAGAGAGGGCUCCUCUUUUGGACGAUAACUAAUUUGGACGAAACAGAGGAGCUCUAUGUUUCAGUAGUCUCAGUAGCUUGGCCAUGAAAGUCUCCAAAUCUUAAAGUCGGUUGAAUUUACAAAAAGUAAUUGAUGUAGGAGAUCUUAACGAUAGUUCGGGAGCUGAUAAUGUCACGGGAUACCCCUCUGGAUUAGCAGGUGUUAUGCAUGGGUUUGAGGGAUGUCCUUUGGUUUGUGUUUUUGCUUUUGGCUUUCGGCUUGUAUGCAAUAAUGCGGUAUCUAUCACAAUUUGAAGUUUAAGCUCAUCGGACAAAUUGUAUC